GUUACUGGAAGACCUUGGCUUUGCUCUACUACCCAGCCCUCUACUACCCUCUGAUUGCAUGCGCCACGGUCCGACACCAAGCCGGAUACAUCCUGGGCUGCCUACUCUCCUGGGCCCACUGCGGGGUCCAAAUAUGGCAUAAAGUGGAGUGCCCUGAGACAGCCAAGUUCUACAGGUACUACCCCCUGCUGGCCUCCUUGCCCCUCCUCUCUGGCCUUGUGCUUCUGAGCCUUUGGUACCCUGCGCAGCUGCUGCGAUGCUGGAGUGGGAAGACGGCCCCGGCUGGCCCAGAGGUGAUGGAGGAAAGCUAUUAUGGAGACUAUCUCAGGCACAUCCUCAGUGGGAAGAGAUCAAAAAGCAGCUCCACGGUGACCAAUCCAAGCUUUGCCUCCCGGGUCUUGUGCUGUUUCCUCCCUUACAUCUACAUUCCACAGCGAGGUUUCCGGCUUCCCCUGAAACUCAUCCUUUCAGCCACCUUGGCAGCGAUCACAAUUUACCAGGAGGCCCUGCUGUUCCUGGUGGCUUUUGUCCCCAUCCUCCAGAAGGCCAGAGCAGGAAUCACAGAAGAGGUCACCUACCUGCUGGCUGGCUUUGGGCUGGUCCUCUCAGAAGACAAGUUGGAAGUGAUAGAGCUGGUGAAAUACUACCUAUGGGCUUUAGAAGUGUGCUAUGUCUCUGCCCUGGUCCUGUCCUGCUUGCUUACCUUCCUCAUGCUGACAAGGUCAAUGGUGACACACAGAGCUAACCUGAGGGCUCGGCAUUGUGGUGUAGCUCUGGAUGGAGGCCCCAAGCCACAGAGGCAGGGUGUGAAUGCCACGGCCAUCUUCUGCUGGAUGAGCUUUUCGGGUUAUCAAACGGCCUUCGUCUGCCUCGGGCUCUUCCUUCAGCAGGUCAUCUUCUUCCUUGGGUUCGUGGUUUUCACCUUUCUGGUCAUCAUACCCAUCCUGUACGGCAGGAACCUCCUGCUCUUCUGGAUGCUGGAGAGCAUGUGGCCCUUCUGGCUCACGCUGGUGCUGGCUGUGAUCCUGCAGAACCUUGCUGCUCACUGGGCCUUCCUAGAGCAUCACCAUGGCCAGCAAGAGCUGACUAACAGGAAAGCUUUAUAUGCCAUCACUUUCCUGCUCUUCCCCAUUAAUGUGCUGGUGGGCAUCAUAGUGGGCAUUUGCCGGAUGGUGAUCUCCACCCUCUUCAACGUCAUCCACUUCUGCCAGAUGGACCUCAGCUUGCUCUGGCAUGGUGUGGACACUUUGGACCCAGGCUAUCGCACUUACUGCUAUUACUUGAAGAUGGAGGUCAGCCAGUCACAUCCGGCAAUGAAAGCCUUUUGUUUCCUGCUCCUGCAAUCACCUGGCUCUCGGGGAUUGGCUGGAGCCCAAGCUGUUCUCAGACCAAGUGAUGUAGAAGAAGGGAUCCAUUUGCUGCAGACCAAGAACCCAGCCAGGAAUACCACCAAAUCUAAACAAAGUCGAGUCCGCUGGGGAUUGGCUUAUACCCUUACCCGCAAUCCAUCUCUCCUGGCCUUCCGGAAGAAAACUCUGGCCGGCCCUCUGGCCAAUGGGAACCAGCCCAGCCCUCCCAACCCCUGA